ACAGCAUACAAUACGCAUUAACCAUUAGUUUUCAUUAAAGCGAUCUAUAUAAUACACAAACACACACACUCACUCACCACUCACUCGACACAUACACUCUCACACAGCCAUGUAAACUCACACACAUACAUUCACACACAGUCACUCAUACAGACAUAAUGCAUUAUGCAGCAACAAUUGCAACUCGAUGGUAUUGUUUACUCUUCCAAAAUUUAUUAAGCUUAAAGUAAAUAAAAAAAAAAAAAAUUAUGGAUGUAUUUGCGGCGGAGGAAUAUAUAAAUAUAUAUAUGAUAUGAUAUAUAUAAUAUAUAUGAUAUGUAGGUGAUGCUUAGGAUGAUGUGACCAGUUGAGAACGAGAAAGUAGAGAAGAAGAUGAAGGAAAAGGGGCCGCUGCUGAUAAUUAAGUUUAUUUUUUAUAUAUAUAUGAUUGCAAAUAGUAAUUUUUUAUUCAUGUGUGCAAAUAAUUAAAUAAAAAUAUUGAAAAUUUAUUACUUAUAAUUAUAUAUACAUACAUUAUAUACGCCCCUAUCAUAAAGAUGUGUAUAAAACAAACAACAAAACAAACAAACAAAAAAAAAAACAACAAAACAUGAAAUAUUGUUUAUUAUUGUUUUCGUUUUCUUAUGAUUUCCCAUUCUGGGCAUAUAAAUCGGUCUCUUUUGCCGAUCCUGUCCAGCAUGUUGCUUUAUCUGUUUUUUCAAAAACACACAAAUUCGAACCAAAAAAUGAAAAUACAAAAAAACAAAUACUCGGCAAAACGUAAAUUAAAUUAAAUUGUAACUAAAUUUAAAAGAGGCGCAUUCGAUUUUAUGUUUCGUCUUUUCUUCUAUGAUUUGUAUACAAAUAAAUGUUUAAUUUUAAUUAUGCAAAUAUGAUAUAAACAAAUAAACAUAAUUUCUAUUGUAAUUAAACGCUGCGAACAAAACAAAACAAAAACAAACAUCAAACUUAGUAGACGAAUCUGAGAGUAACGUAUAGACAAAAAAGAUGAAGAUGAAAGACGAAGUUGAAGAAUCAUAAAACAAAACUGACACAAAUCUCAUGCAAAUAUUUUUGGAGAUUUCGAAAUCUCUUCGAAAACUCAAACGCCUUCUUUUUCCAUGGGUUUUUUUUUUCAAAUCGGUUUUUUCGCUGUCCCAUCAACUGCACUUUCAAAUUCUAAUCCCAUUCUACACCCGCCAAUGCCGCGAGCAAAGUAAACAAAAUCAAAGUCUAACAAAAUGUGGCAUAAAACAAACAAAAUGAAACUUCUCUCUUUCAGAAGAAUCGAUGAAGAAAAAAUAAAAAACAAAUUUUUAAUAGGGUAAAAAAGAAACACGGAAAACUAAAAGAAACCAACCGAAACAAAGAACAACAAAUCGCCAAAUACGGCGUGCAAUGAGGCGAAGAGAAAGCAAAAAAGAAGAGUAAAGAGAGCCGUAGGUAGGAAGAGAAGAGAGGUGAAGAAGAACACAAGCUAAAUGCUGAAUGAAAGGGAAAACAAAAGUGUAAGAGACGGCCGACCGAUAGAUGAUGAAUCUCGGCUAGAAGAAUCUCCAUAACGAUACGAUUUGUAGACUAUGCAAGUAUUUUUAUGUAUUAAAGGUUAUGUUGUAAGUUUUUAUCACAAUAUUUGUAUUGUAGCUGCUCAGUGUUUUAUAUGAUUAUAUAAAAUGGAUAAAACCGAAAAACAAAAACAAGAAAAAAAAACCAACCAACCAACCGGACAGACAAAACAUUAUUGUAUUACAUACAUCUUAUAUAUAAUAAAUAUGCUUCUUAAUAAAAAAAAAAAAAAAAAAAAAAAAAAAAAGACAAAUACAACUUAUUUAUGACGGAGGAUUUACAGAAGACACGAUAACCUAAGCUGGGGUGGCUUACACGGAGAGACCCAAACAAUAUAAAAAAAAGCAGAAAGGAAAAAUUAAUUAUGAUACUUGAGUUAUCUUUGACGUAUAGUUCUGAUAACUUGCUCGAGUCGAGUUGUGCAGGCUUCAUAAUGCUUAGAAUAAUUAAAUUAUCUUUCUGCAAGAGUUUCGAUAGCAGACCCAACAACGACACCAGGAACAGCGACACCAAAACACAGUCGCAGUGACAGCUCAAGUUCAGCACAAGAUAGUAAAUGUUGAAUACCCUGUAAAUUGAGCCAAUGAUGAUUACAUUCCAGAAGAGGCAAUUUGGUAUUUGUAAAUUUGGAUUCUAAAUGAACUUAAGAAGAACCAAGGCAUUUUACAUUUAUCUCGUUUUAGAUCUUUACAAUUUAUUUCUGCUAAUUGUCAAAGUCAAAAAAUACGCAAAUGAUUUGAAAAACAAACAUUUCAUUGAUCAUAUUUCGAACAAUAAAUUUCAUAAGCAUCACUUGAGAAUUUCAAUAUUAAUUGAAUUCACUUUUAAAUAUUAGAGAUUGGCAUAUUUAAAUUGUUUUAUGUAUUCCAAAGACGUCAUGUUGAAGAGCAUAAGAGGCACUUCUUGACGUAUCUUCAAAAAGUUCAUGGGAAGAACCAAAACAGAAGUUUUCAUUAAACAUCUUGAGUAUUACAUAUUUUCCUUAUAGGUUAUCUUUUAGUCGCGUAAACCUUUUGUAACAUUCUUGACCGUCAUUGUUUUGGCUGGAAGUCCCCCCUGAUCGAGCUAGAUAAAUCGAAUCAUAAACUGUUUUAUCAUGAUAAUAGCCACUGACCAUACGAGUUGACGCCAAUAUGUUUAGAUUACUCAUACGAUUACUCAGAGGAACAUGGAACCAAUAAAUUUAAGCAAAUUUAUAAAAAAAAUAUAUAGAUGGCAACCGAAAGAUAAAGAUAGACAGCGGACUCGGGGGCAAAUACUAUAUACAGAGAAAGAGAGAGAGAGAGAGCGAAAGAGAUAGACUGAGAAGUUGUGCACUUAGAAUCCGUUGGAUUCCAACCCAGAAAUGCCAAUCAAAUUGACAUUCAAUUCCAAUCCUGACCCCAUAGACAACAUGCCAGGCGAUAAUCGAUAUUUGACCUAGGCCAAUAUAAAAAUGACUAUUCAAAGUGUGCUGCACCUCCCCCGAACUUCAUCUCGCCCCUUCCCACGCGACGACUGUCUUAGAUAAUCGACGACUAAUUUGAUGUCUGACUAAAUGUUUGUGCUCAAUUUGAAGCACAUUCGCAGUAGCGCACAACGAUUCAUCAAAUGGCGCCUCCCCACGCCCCUCGUCAAAGAGUCAUAAUCAAUGCAGACACGUCAAAGAAAUGCCAAGUGGGUUGGUUGUCUUCUGGCUUCUAUCUCCCUCCCCCUCAAACCCCACCAACGCGGUUGUCAACGGGCGUUGGACUGUGACAUUUGGCAAUUUAUUGAAGACGAGUUCCAAUCAGAGCAAAUCAUGCGAAGCUCGUCUAAUAUGGCAGCGCUGGAUUUAUGGCCGCGUGCUGAGGCCAUCAACAAAUAAAAGGUAAGUGUGAUAUCGGCCAGAUUCCAGAUUUCCCACUCCCCCUCCGCCCACUUCCCUCCACAGUCACAACUCAUUCGGCAAACGUAACGAGCUUUUGUCCUUUGUGGUGAGCAAUGGCGUGCACAUUGCAUGUGAAUGGAGCAGGGAAAAAGGAAGCAGUCGGGAAGGGAAGUGUUCAGGGGUGCAUGCGAGAUAGAUAAGUAUUGCAUGAAGCGAGAGCUGACUGACUGACUGGCUGGUUGACUAGCUGGCAAAGUCGAUGUCGAUUCGCUCACAGAAGCAUUGAAUUGGUGUUAAGCACGAACUGCUCUGCGGAAUGGAAAUGGAAAUCGAAAUGGAAAUGGAAAAUGCAAAUGAAAAAAUCAGCAAGUUGUCAUUCGACACAAACGGCGAUUGAAGCUAGCCGAGAGCAGACGACAUCACAAGGAUCACAGAAGCAAGUCAAAAAUGUCCAAUCAACUAUUUUUCCUCAGUUUGGCCGACAUAUUCUCCGUGUAUCCAGCCAUCUUUAAGGAUGUGAGUAAACAGCUCAAGAAGACCAAACAAAUCUAUCUGCCCAGCGAUGAAGAAUGGCAGGACAAGAUGUACUACAUGCUCCUCGAGAUUCAACGCCAGGUCAACGAAUCCGCGGAUGUCAACAUCUCGCUCAAAGACAUCGAUAAGCGUGACAAACCCGCCUUUGAUCCCGAUCGCAUUACCAAAAUCAUCUCACCUGGAGUAAGUCCGAAUGGUCGUCGGAGUCGUGUGUUGAAGUAUUGUCAUGAUACGACUGUCAGGAUUAGGCUGAAGGCAAGUGCGCGCUGGAAUCUUCCCACAAUUGCCAAUGCAGCCAAGUUGCUGAGGAAACCUCCAUUGCCCGUGCAUUUCCAGAAUGAACACGAGAUGCGGUUGGCUUAUUCCCUCAUCUACGAUGUGUUUCGCUAUAAAACAGUGUUGUGCAACGCGUUAUCGGAUGUGAGUUUUUUCGACCGGGAGGAAAAUCAGAAGUUCAUCAAGGAUGAGCAGCGUAUUUGGUUAAUGCUCUUUGAGCUCUACGAUCGUCACUUCCGCAAUCGCAACUCGGAGCUACACGAGCUGCAAGCACAGCUCUACAAGGAGUCCGAGGUAACAGAACACGCUGCGGUGCUUUGGCGCCAUCGCAUCAAGUUGGCUGCCUCCAUUUCUCGCAUGCGCAUUGGCGUCGGAGCUCUGCGUCUUUCCCAGCUGCUGCCCAUUCACUUGCAGAACGAGAAGGUUGCUAUUGCCGCUGCUAAUCCCGUGGUGACGGGUUGGAUUAAUCCCUUCCUGGUGCGCAAUAAGAUGGAGGCGGAUAAAAUACUUACGGAGAUGGGCUACACUGUGCAUGGACCGGAUGAUGAGCAACCGCUACUUGAGCAGCACUGCAAGUGGGACAACAUUUGUCCAUUGGUCAUAUCGGUGAUACCCAAGGAUCGCAGCGAGUUUACAAAGUCUGUGCUAAUGACCAAGCACAUGUUUAUAAUGCAGGACAAAAACUUUUCCUUUGGUCCCGCCAUAAUGUCCAAGCUCAUGGACUAUUUUGAGCUCUACGGUGACAUACUACAAACUCACAUUGAUUCACCACGCUCCACAGCCUACUUGGCAGCCUUGUUCUACUCCGUAAACCGCGUCAACAAUUUCUAUGUCUAUGGAGCAGGCGCCAAUCUUAAGGAGUACCGACGCUACAUGGAGUCCAUAGGAGUCAACAAUAUUCGUCUCUUCGCGGAUGCCUUCACCUCGUUUCCCAUGGAAUCGAAUCGUUUUCGCACCGUUGUGGGGGUAUUUGCCACGCCCCCGAACUCCUUUAGUGCCAUCUCGGAUCCCAUUGAUUUGAUCUGCUCACGUGGGGGUGACUUAAGCAUGCUUGAGGUGCUCACCGAGUCGGAGGUCAGUGAUGAGGGCAAACAACGUGUGGGUUGCAUUCUCGAAGAGCAGCUGCUCACACUGACCAUGACUAUGUCACGACCUCAAGUGCAAUUUGUGCUCUAUCAAACACACUCGAUUGUGACCACCGAGAACGAGGAUAUGGUGAAACAUGUGCUGCAGGUGAUCAACAAACUGGCGCUGGAGAAGCAUCGUCAAGCCUAUCGCGAGGUCAAGCGACUCGAAGCCAUUGCCGAGGCGGAGGCAGCGAAUAUUCCCGCUGCUGCGAUGUCCAAGGAGUCGCCACGCAAGAAGGAGAAACUCUCAGCCGAAGAUAAACGCAAAUCCCAACCAGAAUUGCCAGCUAAGCCGGGUGAAUCUGGAGCUGUUCCUGUGGUCCCAUUGCCUCGCGUCGACAGCAUCGAUUUGAUCUGCACGCCGGACAUCGAUGAGUUUGUGCUCGAUAUUGUGCCGGACAUUUGCAUCAAUCAGGACAAUUGCAUUGCCCAUCAGUCGACGGGCAGUUUUCUCUCGCUCAUCCGUCGUAAAUCGCUGACGCAGCUCAACGAAAAGUAUCUCAUCAGCAUGGCGGAGCGUCGAGGACUCUUUGGCAAGCCAGCGGAUCGUGAUAAGUCGCGCAAGGCAGUGAAGAUGCAGGAGGUCAAUGAACCUCCGCCACCUGAUGCCACCUACGACAACAGCUCGGCUACGUCGCGUACGGGAGGACAACAAUCGGCGCGUUUGCAGCACCAGCGACCAACCCAGGCAAGCGCCAUACGAUCGCACCUGACAAAGGUGUCGGCGACGCAACGGCAUCCGAUAGCGUUCAACUUUAGGCGGCGGGAGUGCAAGCGUUUUUACGUCUUGCCCGUUUAUAUGCACAGCACAAAGCAAAACAGCCGCUUGUGGUGGCAAUACGCCUUUAAAUGUGUCACGCGCAAUGGCAACGAUGCCAUCUGGAAUCCGAAUCUUAAAUUCAAGCUACACUGCAAACGGCAGCUGCGCAUCCGGAAACUGCGACGUGUGAUGUGGUCGAAUCGGGAGCCGCUGCAUUUGCACAUCCAAGACAUCGAGUUGAUCUGCCAUCUACGCAAAUAUAGCAAGUAGGAAGUGAGAAACUUAUUUGUUAACUACUCGUAAGAGGGGACCAAUAAUAAACACUAAUUGAGAA